AUGGCUGUGAUUGCUCGAGCACUGCUGGCUUGUUCCCUCUUUGGGAGUACGUUCGCUUCAUACUCUCUGGUUGAUAACUUUGAAGGAUCAACAUUUUUCUCGAACUUCGACUUUUUCACUGGCGGCGAUCCAACUCAUGGGUUCGUCAAAUACGUAGGAGAGGAAGAAGCUCGGUCUGCAGGUCUAAUCGAAAUUGAAUCUCGAUAUGACGGCAGCCAGGUGGUCCGGAUGGGCGCUGACCACAAGCAUGUCACUCCUGACGGCCGACCAAGCGUGAGGGUAUCGAGUAAGAAGAGCUAUAACCAGGGGCUCUGGAUCAUCGACUUCGAACAUGUUCCAGGCGCCGCAUGUGGAAUCUGGCCGGCAUACUGGCUGCUGGGACCCAACUGGCCGACCAACGGAGAAGUCGACAUUUACGAGGGUAUCAACCUCGACAUCUCCAACACGAUGACCCUUCAUACGGGCCAUAAUUGCACAUUAUCCAACGAGUCUAAGUAUACAGGAAGAUUGACGACGCCUUACUGUGACCAGAAUGCUCCUCCACCCCUGGGCGGCAACGGCUGCACGAUCAAGGCAGACGAUCCAACAAGUUACAACGGCGGCCUGAACAUCGCCGGAGGAGGCGUCUAUGCAACCGAAUGGACCACUGAAGACAUCAAGAUCUGGUUCUUCCCCAGGAUUGCCGGCAUACCAAGCGAUAUCAGACAAGGCAGCCCAGAUCCAGCGAACUGGGGAACACCCGCUGCUCUCUUUGCCGGCAACUGCAGCUUCACCGAGAGCUUCAAAGACAUGCAAAUAAUAUUCGACAUCACCUUUUGCGGCGAUUGGGCCGGGAAGCCAGAGAUCUGGGAGGAGUCUCCUUGUUCCGAGGUCACAUCAGAGUGCAAAACGUUUGUCGAGAACUUCCCACACGCAUUUAAGGAGGCAUAUUGGGCUAUAAGAUACCUGAACGUAUAUCAGAAGCCAGCAGACGCACCGCUUGGUUCGAAACUACACGGUCAAUGGAAGCAUAGACGGUCUCCUCAUCAUCACCAGCAUCAACACAUCGAUAACCAAGGUCGCUGA